AUGUCAAGUCCAGCCAGGAAGAAGGUUUUGUUGAUGGGAAAGUCGGGUAGUGGAAAGACUUCUAUGCGUUCAGUCAUAUUCUCGAAUUACACCGCUCGAGAUACAAGGAGAUUGGGAGCUACGAUCGAUGUUGAGCAAUCUGCAGUAAGGUUCUUGGGAGGAUUAGUAUUGAAUUUAUGGGAUUGUGGAGGACAAAAUGCGUUUGUAGAUAAUUACCUAUCAUCACAAAAAGAUACCAUAUUCUCAAACGUAGCGGUAUUAAUAUACGUUUUUGAUAUAACUUCAACUGAAUGGGAAGGAGAUUUGAGAUAUUUUGAAGAUAUAUUAUUUGCUCUGAGGGAAAAUUCACCUGAAGCUGGAAUUUGGGUAUUGAUCAAUAAGAUGGAUCUAGUUGAUAAAGAAGACCCCAAAAGGAGGAAAUAUGAAGAAAGGAAAUCUGAUUUAUUGGGUGUUGAUGAAAGAGUUAGGAAAGAAUUGAAAGAUGAUGGUAUCAGAGAAGUCUUAAGAUGUUUUCCGACUAGUAUAUGGGACGAGAGUUUAUACAAGGCUUGGUCUUCAAUAAUACAUACGUUGAUCCCUAAUAUAUCAUUGAUAACGGCGCAUUUAACAUAUCUUAGAGAUCUAUGUUUAGCGGUGGAAGCAGUUCUUUUUGAAUCAGAUACUUUUUUGGUUAUUGCGAAAUCUGGUUCACCUUUGGAUUGCGAUCCUACAGAUUUAGAUGAGAUGGAAAUCGAAAAUGGUGGUAAAGAAUUAGAUCAACAAAGAUUCGAAAAAAUUAGUGAAAUUAUCAAAGGUUUCAAGAAAACUUCCUCACGGAAUCACGAACAAUAUCAUGGAUUCGAAGCUAAAUUUGACGAUUGUACAGUCAUUUUAGAACCCUUAACCAAAAGCACUUAUAUCAUGAUCAUCUCUGUUGAUCCUAGAGUUGAGACCGGCGCAUUACUCUACAACGUACAUCAAGCUUCGGCACAUAUGGUAGAAUUCGCUUCUAAACUCCCACUAGAACAACAGAAAUGCGGAAUAUGUCGACAUAACAAAGAAUUGAAAUAUGCUGUCGGGACUGAUCAAGAUGAUUCCAUCCUAGCGUGGGAUGAUCCUAGACCGGAUUUGUGA